AUGCCCGGGCUAGUCGCCAGCGACGAUGGAGCUCGAAAGCGGAAGCGAAUGAUCGAGAAUGGAAGCAGCAACAGUGUAAAGUCACGAAAGGCGCCUAAAACCAAGCCCAGCGCGAGUACCAGCGACGAUGCCGGGACCCGAAUUUUGUUGCUGGAAGAGCAGAUACUGGAGUCGCGAGAGCACUACAACAACAUUGUCGAACUUCAAAAGCUUGUCGAAAAUGUGGGCAAGAACCCCAAGACCAGCACUAUUGCUGCUGUGGCCUUGUGUCGAGCCUUCAGUCGGCUAAUCGCUGGCGAGAAGCUGGCCAAGCAAAAGGGAUCCUCGGAAGCAGACGUACAAAUUGUCCAGUGGCUGAGAGCGCGACUGCGAGACUACAUUGGGGCUCUACUCGGGUGGGUUGGAAGUCCAGACGCCGCUCAGGAUAGCACGGCGCUCACGCUGUUGAUGCGACUGGUCAAGGAAGAGACGUCGGCAGGGAGCAAGAAAUCUGACCACUGCUGGCGUGGGGAUAAGUCGACAUUUGUCGCAAUCGUGACAGCUCUGAUCGAGAAUAAAGAUGCAGAGGGAGUCAGACAAGAGUUCGUUGACAAGUAUGUGGAGGAGAGUGACGAUGUUCGCUUCUACACAUUUGCUGCGGUCAAGCAGUGUCUGCAAGGGGAGAAUGCGUGCAAAGAGCAAUUUGUGGACAGAGCUAUCGACCUGCUCUCGCGAAUUGAGGGAGUGCCGGAGUCUGAAGAGCAGCUCGAGGACUGGUACGGAGACCCACCAGAAGGCAAACAUCAGCUAUUGUCCUUAACUGCUCAUCGAAAGGUAGCGCGUGAGGCGUGGCUGGCUGUCUUUCGCUCGACACUGUCUUAUGAGCAGCGCAAGAAGGUUUUGGGCAUUACGACUGCACAGAUACUUCCCUGGUUCACGGGCCAUAUCGAAUUGCUUGCCGAUUUCUUGACCGAUUCGUUCAACCAAAAAGGUUCCAUGGCACUGAUGGCUCUAAGCGGCAUCUUCAAUCUCAUGACGCAAAAGAAUCUUGACUAUCCGGAUUUCUACGCGAAAUUGUAUAGCCUGCUCGACGAGGAUCUGCUGCACAGUAAGCACAGGAGUCGCUUUUUCCGGUUGCUCGAGACUUUCAUGAGCUCGACGCAUCUGCCCGUCGCGAUGGUCGCUAGUUACCUCAAGCGGCUGUCAAGACUAGCUCUACAGUCGCCACCUGGUGGGAUUGUUUGGAUAGUGCCAUGGGUGUAUAACAUGCUCAAGCAGCAUCCUCCUUGCACUUUCAUGCUGCACCGAACAUAUCACCCAGCGCAUGCGAUCUAUGCAAAUUACCCGAAAUAUGAGGAGGAAGGCAUGGAUGAUCCAUUUGACAUGAGUCAAAGUGAUCCUAUGCUCACAGGUGCCAUAGACUCCAGUCUGUGGGAGCUGGAAACGCUCCAGAGUCACUAUCAUCCGAACGUAGCGACUUUGGCUAAGAUUAUGGGAGAGCAAUUCACGAAGCGCGAUUAUCAGCUCGAGGACUUUCUCGACCACUCUUACGCUUCGCUCAUCGACGCAGAGCUGGGCAAAGAGAUGAAGAAGGCGCCGGUAGUGGAAUGGGAGAUACCUAAGCGGAUCAUGACAGCGGAGGAAGGCGGGUUGAAUGGCAUUGGUACGCUCUUACAAGCGGCCAUUGACGCCCAGUAG